AUGCCUUCAUCCAUCAUGCGAUCAUUAUAUCUGAUCUUAAUAGCUACCUUUAUUUCUUUGACUUACUCACACAGGAGAGUUGCUCCAUCGACGCUCAGAGCUAAUAAAGAUGACCCAAUAAAGUAUGAGUGUCGUACGACUACAUACCAUAAGAAACAGGUAAAUGCGGCGGUAAAACAAGCCUGCGAUCUAUUGAACAGAAAUAAAAAGACGAUGGGCUUUGUCCGAUAUCCAAAAUCCUACACUACAUCUGUAGCAGACCCAAGAAGUUCAACCGGUCGGUCUUACAGAGAUAACUUCCUCUAUCCAAUUCUACCCAACGGUAAAAUCUACCGUCGAUGGAGUUUUAAAUUUUGGAGAAGGUCUGAGUCACACUUGAUUAAGAUGGACGCCUACUGCAAACAUUCAGCCGUCGUAAUGAGAACGGUCGUCAACAUGGAUCUCGACUGUAGAAAGUUCCGUUGUAAAAAAACCAUCAUAUAUCCUGCGUGUAUAGCUGUCCAUAAACCCAGAGAACCCGUUUUUUCCGAUGAAAGUGAUGUUGAAGAAUCAGACGCUUCUUCAAAUGAACAAUCUGAUGAUGAACAAGAAUAUUCCUCGGGAGAGGAAUCUGAUAUCGAGUAA